AUGAUAGGCCACGAGUGCGACCUUGCCAUACUUACUGUCGACGACGAUCAAUUCUGGGAAGACCUGCCCCAUUUAGAAUUGGGCGACUUACCUGAAUUACAGGACAAAAUUACUGUGGUAGGCUAUCCCGCAGGGGGGGAUACUGUGAGUCUCAGCGUCGGGGUGGUGUCACGCGUAGAGUUACAACAGUACACGCACGGUGCUGCUAAUCUACUAGCCAUUCAGAUAGACGCAGCAAUCAACCCCGGCAAUUCAGGGGGUCCGGCCUUCUUCGGAGACCGGGUUGUGGGGGUGGCUUUUCAGCAUCUCCCAGGCGCAGAGAACAUCGGCUACGUCAUUCCCGUUCCGAUAAUCCAACACUUCCUGAAUGACAUUGAGAGGCACGGCAAAUACACUGGAUUCUGUAGGUUUGGUUUCUUUGCACAAGGCUUGGAGAACACGGGGAUGAGACGAUACCUCGGACUACCUGAACAGGGCAUGGAUGGUGGUAUUCUGGUAACCAGGAUCCUGCCCAUGUCCAACGCAGCGGAAGUGCUUAAAAAAGAUGACGUCAUUUUCUCUAUCGACGGGAUCCCAUUGGCCAGCGAUGGCACAAUUCCGUUCCGACACAGAGAGCGCAUCAUCUUCGACUAUCUUCUGAUCAACAAAUACGUUUCUGACAAUGUGAAGCUGCAGGUCUGGAGGGACAAUGAGCUAAGCAACAUGGAGGUGCAACUGAACCAGUUUGCACCGCUCGUGCCUGCCUACGAGUACGACAAGGCACCCUCCUACUUCAUCCACGCAGGACUCACCUUCAUCCCUCUGGUGCAGCCAUACCUUAUGGAAUGGGGCGACGACUGGUACAAUGCCUCGCCUCGGAAACUGUCGCAGUGUGCGAUCAGUGGCGUGGCUAAGCUGCCCAACGAACAGGUGGUGGUGCUGAGCAUGGUGUUAGUGGACGAGAUUAACUUCCAGUACCAGUCCAUGGCCCAGUCACAGGUGCUUCGAUUCAACGGUGAAAAGAUAAACAAUCUGGCAGAUCUGAAGAACAAAAUGCUGGGUUGCACCGACGAGUUUCUGCGCCUGGAUUUGGAAAACGAGCUUGUCAUAGUUAUGCGUCGUGACGAUGCUGCUAGAGCCAAUCACAGGAUUCUCUGUCGGCACCGCAUUAGCCAGUCACACUCACCGGAUCUGGCCGACAGCGAAUCGGCAGACGCGGGAUAGACAGCUCGACCGAAUCCCAUACAGCAGUCCUAAGGCUGUAGGCAUAGACGUGAAACCCCACCGCCACAACAGAUUCACACUAUCAUAGUAUCUAGCCAAGCCAUGCUACGUACGACAUACAAGAAGUGAGCCGGGCUAUGUAGGUAGUUCUAAGUAGCUGUGUGUAGUUAUCCGAGUGGAGCAGGUGGUUUAGGUCGUCCGCACUAUUUAGGAGAGUGUGGCAGGUAGGUAGGGAUAGAGGCGCUAAGAAGUACCUGUCAGGGCUUACGAAAUGGGUACAUACAACACAUACAACACAGAGUACUGUAACCACGACAACAGUACUACGCACACAUGGUAGUCAAUGACUGAAGCACACCUGCUGUAGGCCAGUGCUGUGUGUGCACGCUACAGUUGUAUGGUCGAUGCACCUAUCCGGUGCACCCUGGGACCAUUGAGGACUGGUCACCAAUGCAAUUGUAGGGCACUAUCCGUUGCCAGGCAACGGGGUGUGUUACGCUAUAGUUGUGUGUAGACUAUUAAGAAUCACACGUAUCAUGCUCCUCCCUUCACGCUGUGCUGGGUCUGAACCUGGUUUGGCCUGCACCUAGACUGCACCAGGUUUACGAGCUUGAAAGCGCGACAAAGGUAACAUCGGUGUACUUGCCGGCGGACGCUUCCAGUUAUCUGAAACAUCCAUCGUACGUGUGCUGGCGAACUCGAGCAAUCGCUUGUGCAUGGAGCUGUGGGGUGGUCUAAUCGCGCACGGGUUGGACUAAGCAGUGCCUACUGUCCUACCUACCAAGAUUUCCUACCUACCAAGCUUUCCACCUAUCCCUACCUACUGCGGCGGCGGUGUGUGGGUAUACUGCAAUGCUUGCUUUAGAUGCACUGACAGUAGUACUGGAUGGUAACUGCGGGGUGAUGGACAGUGCCAAACCAGUGGAGCACUAUGCCAUUGUUGGAAUGGGUUAUUUAAAAGGUUAGUAACGCGGUCUGUUGAGCUGAUCCCGUAUUCUUUGGAGCGGAUCUUACUGGUGAAACAGCGAGCGGUAUAACUUGUUCGCGACUCAAUUUCUGUACGUAGCUACAGUAAGGGCCUUGAUCAAAGCGUAUAUCUCACCCAACAGCACAGCCUACGUCGCCACGUAGGAACGACAAGUGGCCAAUAAGAUGUGUGAUUUUAAGAGUUUAGACCAAUCAGAACACGUCAAAUGGAUCAAACAAAGGUUUGCAUCAAGCCACAAGCGUGCCUAUAAACUGCCUAUAUCAGAUUGAAGGAGUGGCAAUUGACAUUCUGGUCGUCGCAUGGUGUAUUAUAUCUAACACCUCAAUACACGACACUCAUUGCCUAGCGAUACUUUGUUUUUGUUUUUGUUUUUUUUAAAGUAGAGCGAGAGAGAGAAACAAUUCUACUUGAUCAGAUGUAAAUAUAUACCUUAGAUUCAGCUUUUAUAAAAUCAUAUGUGC